CGCAGUAGUUAGUCAGUCAGUGCCUCCGCGAGCGCCGUCCCGACCGCACACGAGCCCGCUCUCCCCACACCGCCGCGUGCCAGGCAGAGCCGUUUCGACACGCUACUCGGUUGCGAAAGUCUGCGCGAUGAUAUACAAGUGAGAGCCGACAUCGAACGCCCGGGUAACGCUCAUCGCACACGGUGAGCCAGUUUAUCGGACUAAAGACAUUCGAAACUCGCAGGGACGGGGGGCGCGCGACGCCGUCGGGUCGCACACGCGGGAGCAACGUAUCCACACACUUACUCUCAGAGAGAAACGGAAACCAAUUUUUAAUGUGUCAAGUCAGUAUAGCUUAUUGCUGCUACGUCAGAUCGCAGAACGCCUCGAGCAGGAACUACAAGGUUAUGCAAAUGAGUUCUGAACGCUUCUAUACCAGGGGUAAUCAAAAGACCAUUCACAACUUCAAUAAACUUUAACGUUUAGUCUUACCGUACGGUGUUUAUAAGUGCUUAUCUGUCAUUUUCCCUAUCCUUUAUCUUUCGGUGUCGCGAUCGCUAAUUGCUAAUUACUGUGGAAGUCGAGUGAUAACGAGUCUGUGAUUCGGCUGAGUGGGUGUCUGACGUGUGCGACGACCAGAGGAGCAGUAGUAGCAGCAGCAGCAGCAGCAGCAGCAUGGCCGCCCCGCAGGAGGAGACGCUGCUCUCGCGCUGCGAGAUCCCCAUCAUCGACCUGGCGCAUAUAGGCACAGAUGUGUGUCCUAUGAAAUCAGUGGUGAGACGCAUUGGCCAGCAGUUGGUCACUGCUCUCAGUGGAAAAGGUCUAGCUGUACUUGUCAACCAUGGAAUUGCUGAGGAGAAGUUGAAAGCGGUGUACGCCGACUUGGACAACUUCUGCGCUCUCCCAGAGGGCUGCCAGGCGCAGUAUCUGCGGAACCCUGUCAGCAACCACGGCUACGUGCGCCCGGGCAUGGAGCAGUUCGAUGACACUAAAAAGGAGCUGCGUCACGCGUUCAACAUCACGUCGUUGACCGCGGCGGCGAUGCCGGCCGAGGAGGAGGUGCCGGAGUUCUGCAGCCACACCGUGCCUCUCGCGAGGGACCUCACCAACCUCUCGCGCGUGCUUCUCCAGGCCUUGGCUUAUGCUUUCGGUGUGCCGCCAGCCACGCUCCUGGCCUGCCACUCCGGCAUGCUGCAGAGCGACGGCCGCAACCCGUCCACCAUGCGCUUGCUGUACUACCCGCCCGUCCCUCCCGAGGACGAGGGCCCGUGCUGCCCCAGCGACGCCGUGCACUACACGCGCUGCGGCGCGCACGCCGACUACGGCACCUUCACGUUGCUGGCCCAGGACUCGGAGGGCGGCCUGGAGGUGAAACUGAACGGCAGCGAUGUGUGGCAAGCGGUUGGGCACCUGCCCGGCGCUAUCCUCGUCCAGCCGGGAGAGCUGCUGGCUGCAUGGACCACCAACCUUCUUCCUGCUCUUAUGCACCGCGUAGUAGUCCCGUCGGGCACGUACGCUCGGGCUCGCGGGCGUCACUGCGUGGCGUUCUUCUGCCACCCCGACAACGACGCUCAACUGCCCACGCUGCCGCUUCAAGCCGCGCCCGCGCCGGCGCCGCCUGCGUACACGCCUCACGCGCACAUAACCCUCCACAACCGUCUCCUCAACGCAGCUCAUCACCUUCAAAAACGUUUUCGCGAGACGUACGCGUGACUAGCGCGAGGCGGCGACGGGAAACGCGCGCCGCAGAAGACGCCGCUUGCGAGGCGGCACACCGCGCCGUAGCAUUGCAUUGCUUACGAACCUUAAAGCCGCAACAACUUUCCCCUGGGACUUUAUUAGUUGGGGUUUAGAUCCUUUAUACACUGAAACUUCUUGCAACGAUAGAAACAAUGAAAAAAUAUCCAUACAAUCGCAAAUAGUCUAUAUUACACACAAGCACAAACAGAUAUAUUUUAAAGCUGUUUUAAGGCAGCGACUACCUACUACAAUCACGAUGUAGUCGCGAGGUUUAUAUCGCUGCAAAAAGUCACAGUGUGUAGGGCUUUAAGCGGUCAAACUGUAGUUCCUUGCUAGACAGUUACAACGAUGGAAGUAAGCGUCCCGAUACAUCCGCAUCUUAGCUUUGUUCUUUGAAGAAAAGCAAUUGGUUAAUGAUACGGUGGGAGUAGAGAGACCUAACCCAGCAUUUAUAGAAGAAUGACAAGCGAAUAUCGAAAACGUAAUAAAAAGUAAGCAUAUUGUUAAGAAGUCAAUUUUAUUGUACUCUGCGUACUUAAAUUGGUUACGUAUGUUUCCCCGGGAACUCUAAGGAUAAUAUGGAUUGAUUUAUUUUAAUUAACAUUACGCUGAUUGACAGAUAAAUACAAUCAAAGUAUUCGAAACUUACUCAAGUCGAUCCUGAGAUAUUGCAGGGUACGGGGAAUUAGAUGUAGAUGUUCGAUCGGUUUAAAUUUACUGAGCAUAUCAAUACACUAAUACCACACCAGUAAUUAGAAUCGAGGUCCGAAUUGAUUAAAGAUAUAAUGAUAUUUCGAUGAUACUUAGAUAGGAACCAAACAACAACCUAUGCAAUGCUAAGAUUGAAAGUAAUUACGCUGCUGCGUCAGAGCAAACAUCACAGCAAAGGAGGUUUAUAGUUACUUACAUUUUAAAAACAAUUUUACAAUUUUACUGAGCUUAUUUUUAUUUAAGUGCAUCGUAAUAAUUUACGUACUUAUCACACAACGCACAAUAAUUGUUCAUUCCUAUGUAUUUAGAUGAUGUUCAUUAAAAAUAGUAUUUAAUAUUAUAAAUUCAAUAGUAAAAAAGUGUCGGUGCGUGCUUGACUUAAACGACCUAUCGCUAUUUCUAUUCUUGCCCAAUACUUAUAAUAGGUUUCAAAGACUCGUUAAUACCAUUCCCGUAAUUUUUUGCAUUUUGUUGAAGUGUCCUUAUUGGAUUUUUCUUACAAUUUGAAUGUUUAAACAUAGGAAUCUAGUACCUAGAUAAUACGAAUUUGCAAAACACAAUGUCUAAAAUUGUAUCAAAGAUUUGGAAUGUCAAAAAUAUUUACCUAAGUUUAGAAAAGACUGCUUUACAUGGCACACAAUAUUGUAAUUAAGUUUCGAUCUAAAUUGACUACUUUUGGGAGUCUGGGUCAUUAUUUAGUAAGAUAGCAAUUAGCGGCGUGAAAUCGCUAUUUAUAUAUUAAUUUGAUUAAUAAUCUUCGUGUUUUGCUUCUGCAUUUUCUUAGGACUGGUUUUUAGGUGAAGUUGCCGCGAAAAGUAUGAACAACUUACAUAAAUAUAUUGUCAACUUAAAAUAUGCAACUCUGCGAUGACUUUGCCUAAAAUCUAGUUAUAUUUUAGCUAAUUUUAUACCUUAUAUUUCUAUUUAUUCGCUGUCCACUUCACGAAUUCACUAAGUAAAUCGUGUGAUAGCCUUGAUAGCUCAAUUUAGUACUGUACUUAAGUAUACGAUAUUACGUUCGUACAUCGAACUUGAAAUUACAUUUUAGGUAAUAUUAGAUAUAGCUACGAUGAUGACAAUUUUUUUACUUAAAUUUUAAAGUACUUACUCCCAGUUUAUUUACAAAAGGACUUUAUCUACUUAUAAAAAAAAUAUAAUUUUCGUCACACAAAAUGCAGAAUGCUUUUAAUGUUUCUACAGAAGGGAGUAUUUUUCAUUUAUCAUCUCGUUCAGUCCUUUAUUUCGUAAUUGAACAGUAAUUUUAUAGUAACAUAAAUACAAUAAAAUGGAAAAAUAUACGUAUACACACUUUAUUACACUUAACAGAAAAGUACUUAAGAUACGAUGACCAUAGGAUCACCAUACGAUCACCACCUCCCCUUUAAGUAUUGUUUUAAUGUACUGUUUAGUUCUGUCCAAAAUUUUAUUAAAACAAGCUGAUUUUAUUGAGAAAUAAUGUGAAAUAAAUCGUGCUAAUUUUAAGAAGAAA